AUUGAAAAUCAUUAUAUUUCAGGUACCAAAAUUUUUUCAAUCCAAGCCAAACAUAUACACAAAACCCCUAAUUCAAAAAAAAAAAAAAGUUUGAUCGAGCUCUGCGAUCAUGGCCUUCUCUACUCGUCUAGUCUCCAAAUCUCGCCAGCUUUGUGGUAGUCAAGCUAUUCCGCGACAGGAGCAUGCCAUUCCUGUCCGUUUUUAUGCCAAAGAGGCUGCUCCCACUGCUCUUAAGGGAGAUGAGAUGUUGAAAAAUAUCUUUUUGGACGUUAAGAAGAAAUUCGAGACAGCAUUGGGAAUACUUAAGAAGGAGAAGAUCACCAUUGACCCAGAUGACCAGGCUGCUGUCUCUCAGUAUGCAAAGGUUCUGAAGACAGUUAGAGAGAAGGCUGACUUGUUCUCAGAAUCUCAGCGGAUCCAAUACACCAUCCAAACACGAACUCAGGACAUUCCAGAUGCUCGAACAUAUUUAUUGACACUGAAGGAAAUAAGGAUCAAGAGAGGACUCAUUGAUGAACUUGGUGCUGAGGCUAUGACGAUGGAUGCUUUGGAUAAAGUUGAAAAAGAAAUCAAGAAGCCUCUAAUGAGGAAUGACAAGAAAUCAAUGGCUCUUCUUACGGCAGAGUUUGAAAAAAUUAAUAAGAAGCUUGGAAUCCAGAAGGAAGAUCUGCCCAAGUAUGAGGAACAAUUGGAGCUAAAAAUCGCCAAGGCACAAUUAGAGGAGCUGAAGAAGGAUGCUCUUGAAGUAAUGGAAACACAAAAGAAGCGGGAGGAAUUCAGGGAUGAGGCUAUGCCUGAUGUAAAGUCAUUGGACAUCCGGAACUUCCUCUGAAACUCAAAGUUGUUUUUGGUGUUCCAAAUUGGUGGUUAAUUUAAGAGAUGAACAAGAGUAACUGUUCCAAAAUUUGGGAAUACCUUUUUUCAUUUUGCUAUAACAAUAAUGAUAAGGUUAACUGUUCAUUUGAAAUUGCAUAACCAUCUCAUCUGAAUGAGGUAAAUGUUGUUUUGCGUUUAUGAUUUGAUUACAUUCUACAACCAGGCACAGUGGUGUAAAUCUUUUGUUAAUGCACAGCACAAGCUAUGGGGUUCUGUUGAGCGAGUUCGUUGUUUCUUUCAACUGAUAUUAUGGAUUUGGUUCUUUGCAUCUGUUAAUCAUUGUAAAUGGAUCAGACAUUGUUGCAUCUUUGAGCUAGAAAAAUCGUUUACUUCCAAUCUGAAUGUCGCCACCCACCGUCCCUCUUGCAGGCGUGCGCUCGAAACUAACCUCCCUGGGGCAGCUUCAUUAUUUUAGUGAGCCUGGAAUUCAUCCCAAAUUUGGUCCAAACAAUUUGGUCUCUAUCUGCCCACUGAAAAAGUGAUGGUACUUUUAUUUCAAAGGUGAAUGUAUAGGAAACAAAUCAGCUCUAAUAUUUAAUACAUAUAUAAACAAAAUCAUUCUACUUGUAAGGAUCAAAAUCCUUGUUUUUCGGUAGCAUGUGAUAAUCUCGUAAA